AUGGCCCACCCGUUAUGGAAGACUGUAGGUGAAAGAAAACUACUGAGUGUCGAGGGAGAUGCUGUGACACAGCCUGGUUUAAGGAUCAGAGAAGUGAGAAACGUUAGUUCUAAUUUACCUCAGUGUGUAAAGCUGGGAGGCAGCGAGCUCUUAGCCUUGCACUCUGAUGGCGAUGUUGUCAUUGGGGGGUUUUUUCCACUGCAUGUUGCUUCUAAUCCACAGUACAGCUACAACAGCAAACCCCAAACUACACCUUGCAGCCGCUUUUAUCAACGGGGCUUUCGUUGGAUGAUGGCUAUGAUAUUUGCAGUGGAGGAAAUUAACAAUAAUUCGAGUCUGUUACCAGGUGUUAAACUAGGCUACUGGAUUAUAGACAGCUGUAACCAUAUCCAUAACAGCCUGCAGGCUCUUCUGUCCUUACUCGGUCAUUCUAAAGCUAUCAGCACAAACCAGUCAUCCACAUGUCUGUAUUAUUCUCCUGUGCCUGCUGUAAUUGGUCUUGCAUCCUCUUCCCCCACAAGAGCUGUAGCUCAAACACUUGGCCCUUUUAACAUACCACUGGUGAGUUAUUUUGCCACUUGUACCUGUCUUACUGACAAGCGCUUAUAUCCAUCAUUCUUGAGAACUGUGCCAAGUGAUGUCUUUCAAGUUAGAGGUCUUGUAAAUCUUGUCACUUACUUUGGUUGGUUCUGGGUGGGCACACUAGGCACAACGGAUGAUUACAGUCUUUAUGGCAUACAAGCAUUCUCUAUUCAAUUUAGAAAAGAAGGUGGGUGUGUGGCAUAUCACCACACUAUCCCAACAUCACCCACAGUGGCUGAGAUAAAAGAAAUAGCAGACAAGCUGCAGAGUUCAACUGCUCGGGUUGUGGUGGUGUUUGCUACAGAAGUGGAACUGCUAGAUCUGCUUUUAGAACUUGCUAGGAGGAAUGUGACUGGGAUACAGUGGAUAGCAAGUGAAGCUUGGGUUACCUCUAGCCGGCUGGCCUCACCUGAAUUCCACCCUCUCCUAGUGGGAACACUGGGGUUCUCUUUCCCCGGAGUCAACAUCCCAGGCUUUCAAGAGUUUCUUUUGAAUGUCCGACCCUCUCCCAAACCAGGAAUGGAAUUUUUCAAUAUGUUCUGGGAAGAACAUUUUGGUUGCAAGCUAGAAUAUGGGAGAGUGGAAGAAAAACCCGUGUGCACAGGUUCAGAGGAUCUAAGAUACACUGACAGCAGUUAUAGUGAUGUAUCUCAGGUUCGAAUUUCCUAUAAUGUGUAUAAAGCUGUGUAUGCCAUUGCUCAUGCUCUUCACAAGUUUUUGAAGUGUGACUCAACAGAACUUAAUGAGGGAUUAUGUGAGAUGCACAACUCAUUUGCAAAUGGUCAGUUUCUUCAAGAUCUGAAAAUGGUGAAUUUCACUAACCAGUUUGAUGAGAAAAUAUACUUUGACUCCAAUGGAGAGCCAGUCCCGCUUUAUGACAUUGUUAACUGGCAGGAGAGCAGCAUGGAUAAAAUCAGCUUUAUCAAAGUCGGAAGCUAUGAUGGUUCAGCUCCACAAGGACAGCAGUUGAAGAUAGUGAAAAACACUAUUGUUUGGACAAAAAAGCAAUCUCAGGUUCCUGUAUCUCAGUGUAGUGCUCCGUGUCCCCCUGGCAGCAGGCAGGCCACGCGCCAAGGAGAGCCCAAAUGCUGCUUUGAUUGUUUGCCCUGUGCAGAUGGAGAGAUCAGCAACCAGACUGGUUCCACUGAGUGCACAAAAUGUCCUGAGUACUUCUGGUCAGACAAAGAAAAAGUGAAAUGUGUUGCAGGAUUAGAAGAAUUCCUCUCUUUCUAUGACACCAUGGGUAUCAUCCUGGUUGCACUCACCCUGUUGGGAUUCUUACUGACCACCAUCAUCACUAUUGUCUUUCACAGUUUCCGCUAUACACCCAUCGUCAAGGCCAAUAACUCAGAAAUAAGUUUCUUGCUUCUCCUGUCACUCAAGCUCUGUUUCCUGUGUUCUUUGGUGUUCAUUGGUCAGCCAUCUUGGUGGACAUGUAGGCUCCGCCAGGCAGCAUUUGGGAUAAGCUUUGUCCUGUGUUUGUCCUGCCUCCUUGUUAAGACUAUUGUAGUCCUCCUAGCUUUCCGGACUAAUGUACCUGGUUCCAGGGGUCGGAAGCUGUUUGGUACAUCCCAGCAGAGGAUUCUGAUCAUCUGUGCGACAGCUCCUCAGAUUUGUCUCUGUUCUGGCUGGGUGUUGGGAGCACCUCCCUUUCCAUUCAGGAACCCAAACUACCAAGCUUUAACUGGAAAAAUUGUUGUGGAGUGUAAAGAGCCAUGGCCUCCUGGGUUCUACCUGCUCCUUGGUUACAUUGGCC